AUGACUAUGCUUUUGCUUGUUGAAGUUACACUUGAAGAAACGUGCAUACGAGAAGUGGUCUAUCCUCGACUAUCCUCAACGAGUCAACAGCUCUUGACUCAAGAGCAUUUUUCUGGUACUACGAGAUUGACUACAUCGAAUUUUGAAUUUUACAACAUUAUCUUGACGAAUGUCUGCGUUGCUGCUCUAGUGGCCACGGUCCUGUUUGCACACACCGUUCGCGCGACCCAUGAAGCUGAUAUUCGUGCGAUUAUCGAUAUUCCUACACACGACUACCUCAAGAAUUGGGAGCAGAGUGAGGCCCGUAAAAAGCUGUUUCGUUCGCUCGAGCUUGGCACUGCGAUUGCAGGCUUGCAUAAGGAGACGGCACUGCAAGUUUCGCAAGCGGACCUACGUAGUGCAAAACGACGCCUAAAUGUACAUCUACCUAGUACGAGUGCGUCAGUAGGCAUUCCAGCAGGAAGAGGAGAGGGACGUUUCCGUGGCGAAGUUGAUUCGGAACAAGGUGAAGUUUAGUUAUACGGCAACCGCGUAAGCAUCCUCAGCAUCAUCCGUGCGCCCUUUAUGUUCUACUUUUUGCGCCUUUUUCUACUUGACAAAAGGGGGGAAAAGGGGCAAGGAUGCACUAAGGGAGGCUAGGGCGGUAGCCCUAAUCUAGUGCCUACGCCUGUCUUACAUUCGAUUAAACUGACUCAAGAAUGUUCGGCUGCUUGAGUGGCGGUUCGCGCCAAAGAACUGCUGAAGCAAGUGGGAGAACUACGUGGACAACUGAAGAGGAAAUGGCAUGGUGCCAUGGAUAAGAUCACUGUCUGGAGUGCUCUUCCUGAGCCUAAUGAUCUGAACGACCAGGCUGUCGUCAACUAUUUCUGAGUCAACGAAAGUUAAGGCUUGCUUCACUAAUUCUGAGUCAACCCUCAAUCGGACCCAUCAAUCAAUAUUUCAAACGGAGAAAGGCCUCGAGAUGGUUUCCAGGAUGGUUUUAUCUGAGAAACGGACUGAUUAAAGAGGAUGGGUUUCUUUUAGAGAUCUAAGAAACGGACAUACGCUCUUAUGGCAAGUUGAGGACUCGACCGCUAGCGGAAUCUGCAAGAGCCUCAUUGUUUUAUUCGGUAAAAGAAGAGUUUCUGGAAGAGGUUCAGCCCAUUUCUUUCAUUUCUUAGGACUACCGCAUCUGCUAAUAAGUCUUAAUCUACUUUCUACUUUUAAUGUGGUGACACUAGACUAGGAACUCCUGUUCUUGGUGAUAUCCUGGCUUGAGAACUCAGUUUCUUUCUCUAAAGUGUGAAGGAAUUUCGUUUUCGGAGAUGCACAUCGGUCGGCGCUGAACCUUGUGCUGGCGGGAUUGUAUACCCGCUGUGGGCUCCUUUAAAUGGAUGCGUGAAGCUGUUGCGCAUGACGAAAGAGCGAAGUGGAAAUCGCGUUUAAGUGGAGCUGAAGUCAGCGCACAUGGCACUUUAGCGUGAUCGACGUCCCUGAACUUGAACUAUGCGACCUAUUUUUGGGGAGUGAGUCCUUGGUUAUGUUGGAGCGAAAACACAGAGAAAGACGAUCUCCCUACGCGACGUAGUCUUUAGAAGUAGAAGUAGACUAUAUAGUUGGCGUUUUUGCUAGCGAAGAUGAUAUAUCACAGCUCAUGACUAAAAAGUGGUUCCCUUAGACAAGAGAGGAUGCGAUCCCUCCACUGGGCUAAGAGUUGACAGGCCUCCUGUAAUUCGUAGCAGCUGCAAGCGAUUGUUUACAAAAUUUUCUCAGUUGGUUACGACCCGUUCGAAUACAUCAAAUUUUUAGUUUUGGCAGACUGAGUCAGGGUCUGUUUGGUAGCAAGGUGUUGACUGAGCAGUUUCUUUCGAGUGCAUGGGCACUCAUUUUUCGAUUGAACAGUGACACGUAUAUCGUCUUUUCGUUGCAACCGGCCGCCUGGCGAAUUGAGAUAAGCCCUUUGUUCAUUAAUGCGUCACGGUUCUCUUGCUUGAAGAUGAGGAGAGUGGGUCGUUUUUGCAUUGGGAUUGGCACUGAGAGAUGUGGUCUUAUGAGUCCGUCUAGAGGUCAUGCACUUAUACUCCUGCGUUAUCGAAGAGAGAAAAGUCGAGAGAACCUCCAUUUUUUUGAAGUUGCGUGACAGUGAUGAAACUAUUGAUUUAGAUUAAUAUUGGCUAGUCUCACCAGCAGUUGGUAAAAAUACCUGCGUUUGCGUCUGUUGCACGUGCCUUUGCGCAAAGAUGCAGAUAGCGACAACCUAGGCGCGUGGAUGGGCUGCUCGUGGGGCUUCAAGUCGUACGGGGGCGGUCGUGAUUUGGACCGCAAUUUAGAAACCAGGAAACGCUCGAACGGAAAUUAUGAAGAAGGAAUAACAUGACUAGGAACUCUACUGGCGAUCGAGCAUGGAGCAGUGGGCCUAGAACAUGGAACUAUUUUGGACGCGAAUGUGGGCAACGAGACGUUAAUUUGACUCUUGCUGACGAAUUCCCAGAAACCGCUAAAACCUCGUUUUUUCCGAAAUUGAACACUAGGAUCUGAAUGCGAAGGACACCUCAGAUGUUAUUUUUUCCAGUGAACAUUUGGCAUUUUUGAAGAAAUCACUCUUUAUUCAUACCGCCGUUUGUGGAAUUGCAUAGAACCAACCAGUAGUAAGGGAAGAGAGUAAAUCUAAAUAAAGAAGGUCUCGUCAUAAUUGAAUGCAAGCUCCAUACUGGAUCUCGAAAUAUUUAGAUCCUUGUGAUGCGUUCCCUUUUUGUAUAGGCCAAGCCUUGAUCGCAAAUCGCGCACACAAAUGAAGGUGGCGGUGGUGGACGAUCCAUUUCCACUGGCCGGCAGUGGCGCGCUUGAAAGCUCUCGACUGUGAUGAAAGACGCACACCAUUAGACCCAAGUUCGAGUCCCUAG